GUGGAGAUGGGUUUUUUACUAUCUUCUAACCGUAAAACGCCGCAUAUGGGAACGGGAUAUAUCAGUCGUGGAUUCAACCCUAAAAUCACAAUCGAUUCCUUCACUCACAAGAACGACGAUAUCAAACACCAUAAAAUAACUCUUCUUCCCCAAUAUUUUCUCAAUCACCGCCAUAGCUACAUCUCUCUCUCUUACCUGCUGGACCUCAUCUCUAAUCAUCUGCACUGUUUCUCACAGGGUUUGGUUUAUCUCUGUGGGCAGCAGGUAUUAGGGUUUGAAUGGCGGCAGAACUUUCGUUUGAUGUGAUUGAGCAGUUACUGGUAAGAUUGGAUGUGGAAGAUCUGAUCAGAUGCAAGAGCGUGUGUAAGUCCUGGCACUCUUUGAUAUCCUGUCCUCGUUUCGUUAAAGCCCACCUGAACCAUGCUUACGACAAUGAUCGUCACAAUCCUCAACUUGGACAUAGAAGGUUCGCUAUGUCUGGUAUUACAAAUGUAGAUGAUUCGCUUUACAUGGACGAUACUCAUAUUGUUGGUUCUUGUGAUGGCCUCGUAUGCUUUUCUCCUGAAGAUGUUGAAUUUGUGGUCAUCAAUCCUUCCACUAGAGAGGAAAAGAAACUGCCAAAUCCGCCUUUUCGCCCGAAUAUGGCUGAAAUAAUUAUGACUAGAGAAGUGGUAUGUUGGGGUUUUGGUUAUGAUUCAUAUGCUGAUGACUACAAGCUUGUAGCAGGCUUCAGGCAAACUUACUCCAAAAAACGCACUCGUUUUUAUGUGUUAUCAUUGAAAUCAAAUAUCUGGAGAGUCAUUGGAGAAGAAGUCAUGUAUAGGUGUCGUGAGGGUAUUGACGGUGUCUUAUGCGGUGGGGCGCUUCACUGGUUUAUGGCUGCUGCAAAGAAGAAAGUAAUCAUAUCUUUAGACUUAUCCAAGGAGGAAUUUAAAGAAAUCUCCCUUCCUACCGAAGAUGAAGAGUACAAAUGGAAUGGGAAACACCGACUCGGGGUUAUAGAAGAAUGUCUUUGCAUAUAUUCAUGUCGUUCACCUUUGUCAACUAACAAAUGGGUGAUGAAAAACAACAAAUGGGAACUGUAUAAUGAUCAUAAUUGUGAGGCCAAGUAUGAUGUUGCGCAUCACUUGACGGGUAGGCUUCAUUCAAGUAUACAUUACUACAGUCAUGAUGAUGGUACCCGUGUGCCCUGCAAUGGGGACUACAUUCGUGCUAGUCUAUUUGUUAAGAGCCUCGUAUCUCCUUAUCCCCAUCUUAAUAACUAUUAUGAGAGGCAAACGAGGAAUACCAAGCAGAGGCAGGAACAGGAAGUAAAUAAGAGUGUUGAAAGCAGUGCAAAGGGUAAUAACAUUAGAAAGAGGAAGAGGAAUAGGUGCAAGACAUAUCCCAAGCAUAAAAGGCCUCUCGUAUGGAUAUAACAUGGCGUACUUGUUGGAUAUAAGUUUAGUACUUGCCGCAUAUGGUUAUUUAUUAUCCGCUAUUAAUAAACUGGUUGGACAUAUGUGUUAUAUUUAUUAACAAAUAACAUUCAUGCCCUUAUUAUGAAAAUUUAGAAAAAUAUUGAUCCUUUAUCAUUA